AUGUCAGUUGACAGUAGUGUAUGCCUUCAGGAAUUACCUGACCUAGUCUUUUACCAAAUCUUGGAUCAACUGGAUAUACACGAUAUAUUGCUCUCGUUACGGAGAGUCAGUAGACAUUUUUAUAAUAUCGUUAACAGUUACAAUCGAUUGAAGCUGAAAAUUAUCAGUACGUCGCCACGGGCUGGCAUCCACCGAAUUUCUCGGACCGUUCAAUCGGGUAAUGUGUUGUCAAUUUCUCUGAUGAACACCAUGGAAUGGAAUCAAUGGAAUGGAGUUCAAGUAUUUGUUUCACUCAACAAUUUGUCACAAUACACCUGCCUUCGCUCACUAUCUUUGUUUUACAUCGACAUGGACGUGCUUGAAAAUAUGCUGCAAGAAGUCACAAGUCUUCCUGCACUCGUCUCGCUGACAAUCGAACCAGGAAAGAUCAAUAAUUUAAUUGAACGUCUAGCGAUGCUGCUCUCAUCGGCGAUAGCCAGGUCAAACCUACGUAAACUAAGUUUAUACGCCAUGUGUGGAUAUAUUUCAAGAAUAUCAUGGAGCAAGCAGUGCAAAUUAAAAGAAUUGUUUCUUGACAGUUGUAGUCAUAACCAUAUCUGCCACAUUCUCGAUCAAUUACCCAAUCUUGAAACUUUUACAACGCAUGAUUAUUGGCUGCCUAUAGCCGAAACCCCGAUUGUCCUAACAUCUAUUCACCUAUUGACUUCGUUGAAAUUAUAUUGUAUGCAAAUUCCAAUCGGUUUGCUAGAGUCGUUACUUUCGUAUAUGCCUGCACUUGUUCAUCUUCAUCUAUCAACUUAUUUUACUACGUUUUACUUUUUGCAACGUUUAUCACAAUGGGAAUAUUUAAUUCAUGAAAAACUACCGGUGUUAGACACAUUUAAGUUGUAUGCUAGUACUGAACAGUAUCAAUAUGAAGAUGUGAAAGAUAUCGAGUCGAUGUUCAAUAGAUUUCGUACACCUUUUUGGCUUGAACUCAAACGAUGGUAUAUCACUUGUGAGUAUGUCAAAGAUGGCAACACAUCGAAUAUCAGGCUAUAUUCACGAAAGGACUCUCAUCGGAAUUUUCCUGCAAAAUCUUCGCCAGCCAUGUUAACACACUCUGCUUCGACAACGAGAAAUGAUGAUAUAACGGAUAUGUCNGGUUUCAAACCCCGAACGACUCUCAAGACAGACACCAAAUAUUACAGGAUGUCGAUGGAGUAUUGA